AUGGUGGAUGCAAAACAUCGGCAUGGGAGUAACCUCCGCAAGUACCACGAGGUUUGGAAAACGACGGACUGCAAGGAGAAUUUCUUCUACUGGCUUGACUAUGGUGCUGGGAAGGAUGUUGAACUUCAGGCGUGUCCGCGGGAGCAGCUGGAGCGCGAGCAGGUACGGUAUCUCUCUCGGGAGGAGCGCGUCAAAUACCUGGUUACGAUUGAUCGGAUGGGGAGAUUUCGCUGGGCGAAGGAUGAUGAGUUGGUAUGGACGAAUAAUGAGCAUUACAUGGACACCGAGAAUGGCAUCAUCCCUAGACCUAAAGGAACCGAUGCGGGGCCUGGGUCAACUGCUGUCACACACCGGGCUCAGCGGCCAUCGGAGUCCUCACGCUCAUCCUCGCUGGACGAGGACAGGCGAGAUCAGGGCCCUGAAGCCGAAACUGGAGCCAGAAACUUUGUGCAUCACAGACAUAAUAUUUUCAAACGAUUGAAAGACAAGAUCUUUCUUAAAGACGACUGGUGGAUUUUUGUUGCCGACCCCUCCUAUCGACUAUACAUCGGAAUCAAGAAACGAGGUUCUUUCCAGCACUCAUCCUUCCUACGCGGCGGCCGGAUCGGAGCAGCUGGUCUGAUUAAGAUCCGGCACGGGAAGCUCCGCGACCUUGCUCCACUCAGCGGCCACUAUCGUCCCCCUUCAGCCAACUUCCAUGCAUUUGUCCAUGCUCUGCGGGAACAGGGCGCGGACCUGUCGCGUGUGUCAAUCACGAAACUAUAUGCAAGCCUCGUCGGCAUCGAAGGGUACUUCGGUGCCAAGGACAACGUACACCGAGCUAAAGAAAAGAUCGAGCACAAGAUAGAGAGUAAACCAUCUUGA